AUGGAACCAAGAUCUAGAGAAACUACUCCUACAAAAGAGGAUUUGGAAUUUAUAGUUGAUGAUGGUUAUAGACAUGAUGUGGAUCCAGAUUAUGUUCCAGAUGAAAAAUAUCUUGUUAGUGGAAAAGAGUUUAAAAAGUUAAGACAAAAUGCUAAAAAACUUGGUGCUGAAUCGCUUGAUUAUUCAAAACGAAAAAAUAACAAAUACAUGGUUACACUUUCAAGUGGAGAAAAAGUUCAUUUUGGAUCGUCAAAAUAUGCGGAUUAUCUUACUCAUAAAGACAAAGAAAGAAGAGAUAAAUAUCUUGCUAGAGCUACCAAAAUUAAGAAUAAACAGGGGGGGUUAACUCAUACAAACCCAGAAUCUGCUAACUUUUGGUCAGUUAAUUUACUUUGGCCUAAAAAAAUGAUUUUAAAAAAGUGUUGUGAUAAAUGAAGAAUGGAAUUGUUUGAAGUUUCAGUACCAAGUGAAAUUUUAUCAGAAAUCCCAGAUAAAUGUUUUUCAUAUUAUUUUAAUAAUCUUUCGUCUUAUUUUAAUGAUAAUAGAAAAUUAAAAAGUAGAUUAAAACUUUUUCAUAUAAAUCUUAAAGUAAAUGCUUUCAUAAGAAGUGAGUUAUACAAAAAGCUUUUUUGUUCUGAUAAACAGUUAUCAACUUCUGAAAAAAUAAAUUGUUCUAGGGCGCUUUACAGAGAAAAUUUAAGACGUAAACGUUUCAUUCAUGAAUUUUAUAGAGAUGAAAUUGAUAAAUAUUCAAAAGUAAAUAAUGAGUUUAUUGAAUGGAUAGAGAAAGAAAUAGAUGAAGUGGAAAAGUUUGAUACUUGUCCAGAGGAAGAAACAGAAAGUUAAGUAAAUGUAAACUUAAAAAAUAAUAUAUUUAAUAAAAUAAAAUGAGUUCAAAUGAUUGUAAAAAUGAAAUUACUCUUACAAGUAGAUAUUAUCUUGAUUCUGAUGAUAAAUUUAAAAGUUUAGAAGAAGCAAUAAGAGAAGUAUCUUAUAAUAUGUUUUAUUUAGAAGAAGCAGUAAAAGAAAUCCAAGAAAAAAUAAAUUUAUUAGUAACCCAAAAGAAAAAUGUAGCUUUAAAAUAAAAAGAUUUUUAAAAAAUGAACCGCAAAAAAAUUUUAAAUGGCGGAAAGAAGUUUUAUAUUCAUCCUAAUUUUACUAAUUAUGCCGCUUCAAAAGACGGUGAAAUUUUAAAUGUAAAAACUGGAAGAAUUUUAAAAAAAAUUUUGACUGUUAAUGGUUACCUUACUUUUAAAAUCUUUGAUAAAAAAUUAAUCAAAACAAAAACUUACUAUAUACAUAGGUUUGAAUGGGAAUGUGUUAAAGGUGAUAUUCCAGAAGGAUUUGUUAUUGAUCAUAUUGAUUCUGUUAAAACAAAUAAUAAAAUAGAAAAUUUACAAUUACUAACUUUAGAAGAAAAUGUUAGAAAAGGAAAUAAUAAACCAAUAAAAUCAUUUAAUAUUAAAAAUAACAAACAAAAAAAAUAUGAAAGUAUUACUUCUGCUUCACUCGAAUUAGAUAUUUCCUUUUCAAUUAUUUCUAAUAUUUGUAGAAAAGUAAAUUAUUAUAAAACAGUGAUUUCCAAAAAAGAUGGUGAUAGAUACACAUUUGAAUUUUUAGAAAAAAAUAUUUAAAGAUUAAAUUUUUAUAAUCAAAAUGCAGUUGUCCAGCUACGAAAAUCUUACCCAAGACAAUAUUAUCUUUAAAGAAGCCAAAGAAUUUAAAGUCCAAGAUAGCAAAAUUAAAUACAAGCGUAUCCCAAUUGAAAUCAAAUAUUCGAAUGGAAAGAAAGGACCGCUUGUAAUCGAAACCCCAUUUCUUUUUAGCUUUGGUGUUAGUGAAAAGAAAAAUCAAGAAACAAAAAAGUUUGUAGGUUAUAGUAUUCCAGUAUGUCUUUGGGCUAAAGAUAGCGAACCAAAUAACAAAGAAAAAGCAUUUUUGGAUGUUAUUAAUAACUUAACAUCUCUUUCUCAACAAUAUUUAGAGAAUGAAUAUGGACCAGAUUUAGCUUCGUCUCUUACUUCACCUUUAUAUUACAAACAGGAAGAAUACACCGAUAAAAAAGGAAAGAAGAAAACAAGAAUUGAUCCCUCAUCUGCUCCGGUUUUUUAUGCGAAACUUAUUUACUCAGAAAAAUCAAAGAAAAUUUUAUCUUUGUUUAAGGGAAAGGGAGGUAAAGAUUUAAAUCCUUUUAAAUAUACUGAUCAGUAUUGUAAUGUUAAAUUGGCUCUGAUAAUUGAAGGAAUCUUCAUAAGUAAAACUGUGACAUCUUUACAAAUAAAAGUACAUGAGUGCUAUGUCAAACCACUAAAACCUAGAGAGUCUUUACUAUCAAUUGAAGAGGAAGAUGAAGAUGAAGAGCAAAGUGAUAACGAAGAAAUAACUGAUCAAGUGGUCGAAGAGUUAGUUAUUUCUGAUGAAGAAGAAAACGAGUAA